AUAAGAUUCAUAAACAGACAAUUCAAAUGUUCAAUAUUUUCUAUUGACGAGAUUUCUUAAAAUAAUUAAUAUUAAAUUUAUUUACAUAUUCAACAUGUUCAGAGGUAACUAACAAUUUUGUAAUAUUUAUUAUUCUACUUGUAGCAUACACGUGUAGCACGUAGCAUGUAGAAUUAUCAAACGUAAGAAGAUACAAAGAAAAAAAGGCAAAAGAUAAAAUCGAAACUGGGAAAGAAAUGUACUAAACAUUGAUUCCGGUGAUGGAGUGAUUUAUCAUUUGUACAGGGCCACCGAGUGUAAUAAGUGACGCGUUCUACCAGUAGCUAACCAAUUUGAUUCAUUAAUAGGUCGACCUGCAUGACCCAAAGUGUCGGACGCUGCUAAACGAAUUAAUUUAUCUACGUUCUUAGUGCGAAUACGCAAUGUGUGUACCUUUUCCAGACAGAAACAAAACUCUGUUUAUUCUAAACUGUGAUUAUUUUUAUCCGUGAGUUAUCUCACCCAGUUGUACGCACAACGUUGCUCUACAUCGAAUUAAAAACAAUGCAACCCGAAAAUUUCUUCACGAUGUAGCGAAGGAUCUUUUUCUUUCAAUUUUGUUACAAAACUGCUAAAAUGAAGAUGCAGUGGUUUGCCAUAAUGAUGUGUUUAUAUGCUGGGGUAGCAAGUGCAAGAACGGAAGAAGAUCAACAAACGUCCUCUUCAACUUCAAUUAUUGGGAUAUCUGAUGGUCUUUUAGAACAUUGCUUUUAUCGGCAGUCCAGUGAAUGUCCUGAUGUUAAGAUAACUCAAUGUUCUUGCAAAAAAAUUGUUCUAACUCGCAAUAAUCCCGAGGAUAACGCCGUUUUUUGUUGCAAUUUAGAUGUUCAAAACUUUGAAUCAGAACUUUCCUGCGCAGGAUUUCCAUCUAACAUAUCGUACAUACAUAUAAGAAAUGCAACAUUAGAUAUAUUCAAUGUGAGUGAAAUUCGAUGGAGAAGGUUAAAGUCACUUGCAAUUACCGAUGGCAAGAUCAAUAGAGUGAAAGGACAAUUUCGAAUGAUGACACCAACAGUUUGCUUGAAUCUUUCAAACAAUGCCCUUAUCGAGGUAGAGAACAAUUCGCUUACCCGUUUAGCUCAACUCACUACUUUGGACUUGUCGUAUAAUAAUCUUACACAUUUGCCAGCUUUAAAUACAAUGAAUGGCCGAACUAAUACACUCUGGUGUCACGACAUUUACCAAUAUAUUAACAAAACAGGGGAAAAGCAAAUUAAUUUUAAUCAUGAAAAUGAAACUGUGUGUUCAGCUAGUAAAACUUGGCAUUGGUUCAACACUACGGAACAGGUUCCAUUGAAACAAGUUCGAUAUCUUAGUUUGUUGCAAACAGAAUGUCCGAAAGGAGAUACAUGGCAGUGUCAGUGCAACUUCAGAAGAUUGGAUAUUGUCGAAGGUAAACCACCGACUUUAGCGGUAAAUGUAGAUUGUAGUGGAAUUCAAAUUACCGAAUUACCUGAAAAAUUACCUCGCAAUACUAUAGCCCUGAAUGUAUCAUACAAUAACAUCACUGCAUUAGAUGAUUUAAGUACCAAUCCAUGUUACGAAGAUAUAAGAGAGUUUUAUGCCGACUAUAACAAUAUAUCGUCUAUAAACAAAUUAGAAGGUUCCAAGUUUUUAGAUAACUAUGCUUUACUGAGUUUGCGAUACAACAAGAUUAAAUCUCUUCCAACGUAUAUUUUAAGUCCUAAUACUCAUGACAAGAGUUUUAUCAGUUCACGAUUAGUAAAGCUCGGAGGAAAUGAAUUACAUUGUGAUUGUAACACGGCCAAGUACCUAAAGGUAUGGCUACAAACUCGUAUAUUAGAUUCUGAUGAAGUAUUGUGUGAAAAUGUGAAGGAAAAAGUCGUUGACUUGGAACCUUCAAAAAUGUGCGUUUAUCCUGGUGAUUGGACAGAUUAUAUUUAUUAUAUUAUUGCUACAGAAGUUAUACUUUUAAUAAGUCUAAUAGCUAAAGUAUCUUACGAUUAUUGGAUUUUUAAAACAUUAGGCUAUCUUCCAUGGCCGGCAAAUAAAAUGCCAAAACUACCUUGCGAUUGGCUGUGCGAGACGUAAUAAUACCUUUUUAUAUUUUAUUUGUAAUAUAUAUUUUACUGAAAGAAAUUAAUUUUAAUACUUUUACAUCUCAACGCUUGAACAGUAAAAAAUAUGAAGUUUUCGUAUUUUAUCAAAUAUACAUGUCUUAUGUAUAUACACAAAUACAACAUGAAAAAUGUUAACCAAACGGUUGUUCUUAAUAACAUAUUGUACAAAAAUGUAUAACUAUUUAAAUCAUAAAUAUAUCCAAUCAAAUAUAACUAUGCAAACUCACAAUUUACAUAGCGAUCCAAGUUAAUGUCUUGAUUUUUAAAUGAUAUUCAAAAAUAUAACAUAAAAGUCACGUAUAUUUAAAUUUAUAAUAGUAUAUUUAUAGUAAUAUUGUCAGUUGUCAAUUAUUCUUAACAAUUCUUAAUAAGUAA